GGUCCAGCUCCAGGGGGGGCCCUCCCGGUCCCUCUGACUGCCCAGCUCCAGCCCCCCCCCCCCCCUGCUGGGCAGCAUGGAGCCCGGCGCGGCCCGGCCGCCGCUCCAGGUGCUGGGAGAGAACGAGGCGCUGCAGCAGUUCUUCAGCGGUCAGGAUGUCAGUGGCGUGUUGGACAGUACCGUUGCCGUGGAUACCAGCAUCCUGGAGCAGUACCUCAGCAACGACAUGGACCCCAACAGCUUCAUGCUCCCUGAUUCUCCUCCUGACUCAAUCUCAGAGGUUUGUUCACCUGCACAGAUUCCAGACUACCAACACAAGCCACCUUAUUGGUCGAACCAGCAGACCCCCCCUGACGUGUUCCAGCCAUCCCACCCGCCGGCGCCUUUGUCGUCCUGUUGCUUUAAGGAUCGAGGCCCCGCCCUCGCCCACCACGAGCCGCUGACCCACGAACAGCUCCACAGUUUGGGUCUCACAAACAUUAACAUCCAGUCUGGGACCGCACCUGGUCCCCGUACCCCCCUGCAACGACCCCCACACCGCUCACCUGAAGACACACGCUACCUGAAUCCAGAGAGCUGCUCGCAGGUUUACACCCCCCCUACACCACCUUCCCCGCCACUGCACCCUUCAAACAGCUUUGUAACACCCUGCACUGGUCCGGUCCUGGUCUCAGAUGUAGCCACGCCCCCUUCAGCCUGUCUUCUGGGCUACACCGCCACGCUAAACACCUGCUCCCCAGGGAGGACAAAGAGGAGGAGAUCUGAGUCCGAGGACCCAUCAGUAGGAAUUGAGGCUUCCUGCAGUGAAGGAGACGGGACUCAAGGUAGCAGUACAGGGAACAGUGGAGGUGGUCUGGGAUCCUACCAGCUGCUAACGUGGGAACAGUAUAGGCUGGAACAUUGGAGUACUUUAUACUGCAGCAGUUACCAGACACUGUCUCCGCUGGCCUACCACGUUGACACAGACAAAGGCUUCAACUACUCUGCGGCUGACGAGGCCUUUGUCUGCCAGAAGAAAAACCACUUCCAGGUCACGGUUCACAUCGGCGUGGCUGCAGAGCCCCGAUACGUCCGAACACAGGGCGGGCCGCAGCAGGUUGACCACUUCCAGAUUAAAGUGUUUGGGAUCAAGCUGGAAUCUCCGAGCCACCAGGUGACUAUUGAGCAAUCUCAGCCGGACCGCAGCAAGAAGCCCUUCCACCCCGUCAGGGUCAGUCUACCCGGCGGCAAAAUCACCAAGGUGACGCUCGGCCGGCUCCACUUCAGCGAGACGACGUCCAACAACAUGAGGAAGAAAGGCAAACCCAACCCGGACCAGAGGUAUUUCCAGAUGGUGGUCGGUCUGUACGCCGCUGUGGUCGGGGGGGAGAUGCUCCUCCUCACGGCUCUGGUGUCGGAGAGAAUCAUCGUCAGGGCCUCUAACCCGGGUCAGUUUGAGACGGAGGGCGAGGCCAUGUGGCAGCGCGGGGGGGUGCAGGACUCCGUGGUGUGCCAGGGCCGCGUGGGCAUCAACACCGACUCCCCUGACGAGGCGCUGGUCGUCUGCGGCAACGCCACGGUGAUGGGCGCCGUCAUGCAGCCGUCGGACUGCCGCGCCAAGGAAAACAUACAGGAAGUGGACCCCGAGCAGCAGCUGAAGAGAAUCACUCAGAUGAGAAUCGUUGAGUUUGAUUAUAAACCAGAGUUUGCCUCCACGAUGGGAAUAGACCACACCCACCAGACAGGUAUAAUCGCCCAGGAGGUGAAGGAGCUGCUCCCGUCAGCGGUGACGGAGGUCGGAGACGUCUCCUGUUCAGAUGGAGAGAAGAUCCAUAACUUCCUCAUGGUGGACAAAGAGCAGAUCUUUAUGGAGAACGUGGGGGCGGUGCAGCAGCUGUCCAAGGUCACCGACAACCUGGAGACUCGGAUCAACGAGCUGGAGGUCUGGAACCGGCGGCUGGCGAAGCUGAAGAGCCUGACGGGGAGCCUGCGCUCCACCGGGACAUCCGGGAAACACAGCGGUGGGUCGAUGACACCCGACGCGUGCUCGACUGGGAAAGCCCAGAAGGAGUCCUGGAGUCAGAAGGAGUCCUGGAGUCGGAAGUACAGACACUGUCUGCAGCAUAAAGUCUUCCAGGCCAGCGUCCUGACCCUGCUGGCCACCAUGGCUUUCUGCAUCAUCUCUAUCACCUCUCUGUACCUACUGAAUUUGACGGAGGAAGACUUCAACAUGAACAGUAACGGCAGCGUGGUUCCUGUGUCAACCACGGCCUGGAGCAGCACAGUCCCAGCGACCAGUCCCCCCGACCGCUGGCCCCCCGACGUGGACUUCUGUGACCUGCUGUACUGUGAACGGGUAUACUGCUGCCCUCCGCCUGCAGGGGGCAGCAAGGGCUCCAACGCCACCUCCACCUCCACCUUCGCUACAUCAGCUGGAGAAGAAGUGUCUGAUGUGUCAGGAAGAAGAACAGAAGACUUUUAUGACAAGUUGAAAAACGCCCGAGACUGGACGAACACCACGAUCCAUUCGAUAAUAAUCAAAGAAAACCAGCAGGAGAUCGACAGCAAAUACUGCCUGAGAGACGGCUGUGGGCACGGAAACUACAUCUACAGAGUUCCCAUCAGCCAGUUCGUUCCCGUCAACAUGAGAGUCACCCUGCUUAUGAAUUCUACGGAGCUGCUGGUGGUCCACCUGUGCAGCUUCGAUGAGUCGGAGGCCUGCUCCUCUCUGCUGGACGUGAACCCCGUCACCUGGAGCAAAUACCCGUCCAACACCCAGGGGGAACAUGUGCCUCUUCACGUGGCUCGUCUUCAUCACAGCUCGUACCACUUCCGCUCCACCGUGGCCGGCCAGGCGGACUGCAGUACUGACCACCACUACGCGGGGGCGCUCUUCACCGAUUACCACCUGCACUUCUACGACGCUGCAGCGACGCGUAGACGCACAACCACACCACGA